GCAUGUCGUGUACGUAAAAACAAACGACAAAUGCAAAGCCCUAUUUUCCAUGUCGCUUUUCUCUCACAAACGAAGGAAGGUCCGCGUUAGCCACCACAAUACACGGCAAUUUGAUAGCCGUACGGGUUUACGUUACGCUGUGGUUGUCUCGGCGCUGUAGAUGAUGAGGACCUUUGUGCUGCUCUUGCUCUUGCUGUUCAACAUCCAUCACGUCCUGUCCGCAUCCAAAGGCGUCUCUGCAAGUCUAAAGGCCAAGUGGAGCAUGACGCCUUUCCUCCUAGAGACAAGUGAGUUUAUUGGAGAAGAUGGGAAUGACAAGUUCUGGCAGUUUGUGGACACUGUGAAAGAGCUCACUGUAUACAAGAGUGGAGAGUCUGUGCGUUCAUACUACAACCUGAUUCUGAAGAAGGCUGCGCAGUUCCUCUCAGAUCUUCAGCUCAGUCUUCUCAAAUUUGCACUGUCCUUGCGAGCCUACUCACCGGCUGUCUUUGCAUCACAGCAGAUUGCCAGUGAUGAACCACCGCCUCAGGCUUGCCCUGCUUUUGUCUCUGUCCAUGGUCAACAUGGCUGCAGUACCAAGGACAUCAAGAAACUCCUGAAGGCAGCUGCAGGCAGGCCAAAACCCUAUUUAUACAAGAACGAUCACAGAUAUCCAGGUCUGAAUAAGACUGAUGUACCAAUUGUGAUCCUCUAUGCUGAGAUUGGAACCAAAAAGUUCACCUCCUUUCAUAAGGUGCUUUCUGAGAAAGCUGAAGAGGGCACACUUAUAUAUGUACUGCGUCAUUUUGUAGCGAAUCCAAAGCCUCAGAAGAUGCUUUUAUCUGGAUACGGUGUUGAGCUGGCUAUAAAAAGCACUGAAUACAAAGCUGUGGAUGACACCAAAGUGAAAGAUUCAAAGAUUGCUGUGAAUGCUGAGGAUGAUGAUAAUGAUGAAGUCCAAGGAUUCCUGUUCGGAACAUUAAAGAAAUCUCACCCUGAACUCCAGGAGCAGCUUGGGGAACUCCGCAAACAUCUGCUGGAGAGCACCAAUGACUUGGCCCCUCUUAAAGUGUGGGAACUGCAAGAUCUUAGUUUCCAGGCCGCUGCGAGAAUCAUGAGCAUGCCAAAGUAUGAUGGUCUGAAGCUCCUGCGAGACCUCAGUCAGAACUUUCCAAGCAAAGCCAGAUCACUGACAAGAGUGGCCGUAAAGCAGGAAAUGAGAAAAGAAAUUGAGGAGAACCAAAAGCGACUCAGUGAGACCAUAGGAGUUCACCCGGGAGACGGAGCGCUCUUCAUCAACGGGCUGCACAUUGAUCUGGACAUUCACAACCCUUUCAGCAUUUUGGACAUUAUCAGAGGAGAAGCCAGGGUCUUGGAGGGUCUUCACAACCUCGGCAUAAAAGGAGAACAUCAGGGCACGCUGCUGAGGCUGCCUGUGAACCAUGUGGAAGACAGCUAUGCUUUAGAUAUCAGAAAUCCAGCUAUAAUGUGGGUGAAUGACAUAGAGAAUGACCUGCUGUACCGCAGCUGGCCAACAGGUGUACAGGAGCUUCUCAGAGCCACCUUUCCUGGGGUCAUCCGGCAGAUUCGACGCAAUUUUUUCAACUUGGUGCUGUUCCUAGACCCAGUACAAGAAGACAGCAUUGAGCUGGUGAAACUUGCCGAGCUUUUCUACAAGCACAAGAUUCCUCUGAGAAUUGGAUUUGUGUUUGUUGUCAACACUGAAGAUGAGAUUGAUGGCUUCUCUGAUGCCGGGGUGGCAUUUUACCGCCUGUUGAAUUACAUUGCUGACGAGUACGAUUUAUCCCAGGCUCUGAUGUCUAUGGUCUCAAUGUACAACAAAGUAGACGUAGGGGAGACGCUGUCUGUUGAUACGGUGUCUGCUUACCUGAAGAGAAAAUUCCCUAAAGCCAGUGCUGAAAGGAUUCUCGGAAUAGAUUCUGAGUAUGAUGACAAAAGAAAGGCUGGUGCCCAGUUCUACAGGAAGACUGGCCUGGGUGCCCUUCCUCUGGCUUUGUUCAAUGGAGUCCCUCUCAGCCCAGAAGAGAUGGAUCCUGAUGAGCUAGAAACCAUAAUCCUGCAGCGCAUCAUGGACACCACCAACGUUUUUCAGAGAGCUGUUUUUAUGGGUCAGCUGACUGAGGGAACAGAUGUUGUAGACUAUUUAAUGGACCAACCUAAUGUGGUUCCCAGGAUAAACCCUCUAAUUCUAAGCACUGACCGAAAAUACCUGGACUUCACUUCUUCUCCAGUUGUAGAUGACUGGGAGGACACAACUAUGUUUUCCUACCUGGACUCCAGGGACAAGACUGCUGUGAUGGCUAAGAGAAUGAAGUACUUCACAAAAAACGAUGAAGAUGGGAUGACUGCUGUGACCAUAUGGAUAGUUGGAGAUUUUGAGAAGGAUUCAGGAAGAAGGCUGUUGCUUAGUGCUUUAAAACAUUGGAAAGCCAGCCCCGGAGUGCGUGUGGGGGUGAUAGCUAACCCCACCGGUAAGCCCAGCGAGGAUAACACUGUGCUGUACAGAGCCAUCUGGGCUUCCCUCCUCACCCAGAAAAAUAAGGCUGCGGCUGACUUUUUGCAAAAACUCCUGAAAGAGGAGAGCGUGCAGCUCCUCAAACAAGGAACCAAGAUGAAGGACUUAUUGUUGCAGGGCAUGGACGAAGACGCCUUUGAAAAGAAGUACAACACGCUAGAGGUGGAUUUUAUCCACAGUCAGCAGCUGUUCUGUCGAGAUGUCCUGAAACUGAGUCGUGGACAGAGGGCAGUGGUCAGCAACGGCAGGAUCCUUGGGCCAUUUGAGGAGCAGGAAGAAUUCAUUGUGGAGGAUUUCCAUUUGUUGGAGAAGAUUGCACUGAGCACCUCGGCAGAGAAAGUCAAAGCCAAAGUUAAACAGAUGGGGAUGAAGGCAAAGCAAGCCAGUAACUUAGUCAUGAAGGUUGAUGCCCUCCUCACUGCAGCCCCCAAAGGAGAGGCCAGGAGGGAUGUCCACUUUAUCAAAGACAGCCACAGCGUGCUCCAUUUCUCCCCACGUGAAAACGAGGUGUUCUAUGAUGUGGUGGCCAUAGUUGAUCCCCUCACAAGGGAGGCGCAGAAGAUGUCAUCUCUGCUGAUUGUGCUCAGUCAAGUGGUCAAUCUGAAACUGCAGGUGUUUAUGAAUUGCAGGGCCAAGCUGUCCGAGAUGCCCCUCAAGAGCUUCUAUCGCUUUGUCUUGGAGUCUGAUGUGACUUUCCUGGCCAAUGAUUCGGUGUCUCUGGGGCCAAUGGCUCGCUUUAUGGAGCUCCCCGAGUCUCCCCUCCUUACACUGAACAUGAUCACCCCAGAGAGCUGGAUGGUGGAGGCUGUGCGCAGCCCCUAUGACUUGGAUAACAUCCACCUGCAGGAGGUGAGCGGAGUGGUGACAGCGGAAUACGAGCUGGAGCACCUGUUGUUGGAGGGCCACUGCUUUGACCUCUCGACCGGCCAGCCCCCCCGAGGCCUGCAGUUUACCUUGGGCAUGAGUCAGGACCCCCUCAUGCAUGACACCAUCGUCAUGGCUAACCUGGGUUACUUCCAGUUGAAGGCCAAUCCUGGUGCCUGGAUCCUGAAAUUACGUAAAGGGAGGUCAGAAGAUAUCUAUCAGAUUCUUGCGCAUGAUGGGACAGAUUCUCCUGCAGACGCUGGUGAUGUCGUAGUUGUGCUUAACAGUUUUCACAGUAAGAUCAUCAAAGUCAGAGUACAAAAAAAAGCAGACAAAAUCAAUGAAGAUCUUUUAAGUGAAGCGACUGAAAGCAAAGGCCUGUGGGACUCCAUAGCAAGCAUCACAGGUGGAGGCUCCAGGUCAGAUGAUGGAGAGAAGAAGAAAGAGGAUGUUCUGAACAUCUUUUCUGUGGCUUCGGGCCAUCUAUAUGAGCGCUUUCUGAGAAUAAUGAUGCUGUCUGUCCUUCGGCAUACCAAAACCCCUGUCAAGUUCUGGUUUCUCAAGAAUUACCUCUCCCCCUCCUUCAAGGAGACCAUCCCUCGCAUGGCAGAGGCCUAUGGCUUCCAGUAUGAACUGGUGCAGUACAAGUGGCCCCGCUGGCUCCACCAGCAGAGUGAGAAACAGCGCAUUAUCUGGGGCUACAAGAUCCUCUUUCUGGAUGUCCUCUUUCCCUUGGCUGUGGACAAGAUCAUUUUUGUAGAUGCUGACCAGAUAGUACGGGCUGAUCUGAAGGAGCUGAGGGAUUUGAACCUGGAGGGCGCCCCUUAUGGUUACACUCCAUUUUGCGAUAGUCGCAGAGAGAUGGAGGGAUACCGCUUCUGGAAGACCGGCUACUGGGCCUCACAUCUGGGACACAGGAAGUACCACAUCAGUGCGCUGUAUGUAGUCGAUUUAAAGAAGUUCCGUAAGAUUGCAGCGGGAGACAGAUUACGUGGGCAAUACCAAGCGUUGAGCCAAGACCCCAACAGUCUGUCUAACCUGGACCAGGACCUUCCUAACAAUAUGAUCCACCAAGUGGCCAUCAAGUCUCUGCCUCAGGACUGGCUGUGGUGUGAGACGUGGUGUGACGACACCUCUAAAGCCACAGCAAAGACCAUAGACCUGUGCAAUAACCCAAAGACCAAGGAGCCCAAGCUAACGGCAGCGGCAAGGAUUGUGCCUGAAUGGGUUGAGUACGACAACGAGAUCAAACGGCUACUGGCACGAGUCCAGGAGCCGGAAAACACAGCAACGCAAAGACAGACUCCUGCUCCCUCACAGCAAAAACAAGACAACCAGCGGGAUGAACUCUAGUAUCUGACAGCAUCAUGCCGGAGAGCAAAGAGGCAGCCUUUUGCACCCCGUCCUCCUGUGAAGCUUGACGAUGUACAUUUCCAACAAAACUUAGCCAUGGAGUGUUACAUCUGCAAUCUGGGAAAGAUAGAAGGAUAAAGAGAAAUAUUUUUCAGAAGCUGUCAUGCUGUAUCUUUUUCUAUGGUUUCUAUAAAAUGUGUUUUACAAAUCACUACAUGACACAGCUGCUCACUGUUCAGUUAUGGUAUGCCAUCAACACUAUAGUCAGAACUUGGUUAGUAUGUGGUUAAUUGGAUUAUGAAGUAAAUGCAGGGAAAUUGCUGAAUCUAGUAUUAAGUAUUAAGACAAAUGGGACAGAUUGCACUGAUAUUGUAUGCAAAGAAGACACCUGCCAAAGAAUUUUAAUCAUGCAGGUUUAAACUAAUUUAUAACCCCAAUGCUUUGUACUAUUAUUAUUUUUUAAAGCUAGAGGUCACAUUUGCAAAAAAGCUUAUAAAUUAAGUAUUAAGUCAUUACUGUUGACGCCAAGGGUGCAACAGCAUCUUCGACUGAAAUGCCUGAACCAAAAAGUGAUUUGGGGCUAUUUACCUAAAUUUAAUGUCAGUUUUUGCUGCAGAGUUGUCGCAUUGGAGCAGUAUUUCUUACUGGACGUGAUGUAUAGACACAGUCAAGCCUGGAAAAGUGCUAUACUAAUUGACUAAAUGCCUCCUUGCCAAGUCAUGUGAUGCUCUUUUAGACAUAAUGUUAUGUUGGCUGAUGACGCCAACCUUUAUUAUCGCCAAGUCGUGGAUCAAAGAAUCCUCAUUUGCACACUAAAGGUCAUGGUUAUAGUUAGAACACAGGAUUUUAAGUUAUUACAGUAUGUUUACAUCUUCUGUGUACAGUGUCUAUGUCAGUAUGUGUUCAAUUUUUAGCCAGAAUUUUUCAAUACCUAAAUUACACAGUGAAACAAUAUUUUUUGUCUCAGGAACAAAAUAGAUGUUGCUGCUCGACUGAAACCAACAGUACUUUUGUUUCUGUCUUAACAGUCAGUAGGAAAUGGGUGCAGGAUUUCUGCUGUCAUGGCACCUAUCUUUCACUCCGGUGUGUCAAAUGGAAAUGUUUACAUUACUGUAAUUGUCAUUGCAGGUGUGAAAAAUUAAAUCUAUCUUUGUUACAAAACCCAGUCAGUAUAA